UCCAAAUGGAAGGCUGUGUGUUCUCUGCUGCUUAUUGUUGCCCCAGUUACUGUGGGGACCGUCAGAGCAGCCUUAGCGCUGUGCAGAGCCCGGGUCUACCUCUCAGCCCUAUUUCGGGUUGGUCCUGGUGGAGCUACGCAGGGUUGUGGCAGCACUGCCUCAAAAUAUGACCACAGAUUCCAAUUCCCAUGAGUUUCCAUGGGAAUUCAUGAUGUGGGCAGCUAUUGUUGGAGUUUUUGCUGUUCCCAUUUUUUUGUGGAGAAGUUGGAGAUCGGUUAGGAGUCGGCUUUAUGCGAGGAGAGAGAAAAAGCUUGCCGGUGCGCUUUCUGAACUAAUUGACAAAAAAUGUAAACUACUUGAAAACCUUACCCUCUUAAAAAAAGAGCAUGAAGGCUGUGAAGUAGAGUCAUCUUUAAAGGAGGCCAGCUUUGAGGACGAGGCAGCAGAGGCACGAAGUUUGGAGGCAACAUGUGAAAAGCGGAGCAGGUCCAAUGAUGAACUUGAGAAUGAGAUACUUGGUCUCAAAAAAGAGUUAAAAGAACAGAAAUCAAAACAUUCUGAACAAAAGCAACUGAUGGCGGAUAUUUCAAAAACGAUACAGUCUCUAGAAUAUAAGUCAAAAUCCCUCAAAUCACAAGUAGCUGAAGCCAAAAUCAUCUUCAAGAUAUCUCAAAUGAAUGAAGAACGACUGAAGAUAGCGAUAAAAGAUGCCUUGAAUGAAAAUUCUCAACUUCAGGAAAGCCAGAAACAGCUUUUGCAAGAAGCUGAAGUAUGGAAAGAACAAGUGAGUGAACUUAAUAAACAAAAAAUAACAUUGGAAGACUCCGGAGCACACGCAGAGCAAGUUCUAAACGAUAAAGACAAUCACAUGGAGACUCUGACGGAACGCUGGCUGAAGAUGAAAGACUGGGCUGCUGUGCUUGGAGAAGACAUAAUGGAAGAUGAGAACUGGAAAUUACCAAUGAACAGUGAAUCAGAAGAUGGUGCUAACUCAGAUCAUCCUCCAGAAGGAGCUUCGAAGAAACUGAUUCAUGCUGCUAAGUUAAAUGCUUCUUUGAAAAUCUUGGAAGGAGAAAGAAACCAAAUUGAUUUUCAGUUAUCUGAAGUUGAAAAAACAAAGGAAGAGCUUACACAGUGUACUAAAAAUCUUCAGACUCAACAAGCAUCUUUGCAGUCAGAAAACACACAUUUAGAAAGUGAGAAUCAGAAGCUUCAACAGAAACUUAAAAUAAUGACUCAGUUCUAUCAAGAAAAUGAAAUGAGACUCUAUAGGAAAUUAACACUACAGGAGAACAGCCAGUUAGAGAAAGAAGAGAAACUUUCUAAAGUAGACAAAAAGAUCGUUCAUCCCACCGAGGAGCUGGAGACCUACAGAAAGCGAGCCAAAGAUCUCGAAGAAGAACUCAAGAGAACUAUUGAUCACUAUCAACGGUGGACCAUUGCCUAUGAGGAAAAAGCACAUCGUGAUCAGUUGGCAGCUUGGACUGCUGAGGGAAACCUCAAUGAUUUAAGGAAAGAAAAUGCCCAUAGCAGACAAAAAUUAACUGAAAUAGAGUUUAAAUUUAAACUCUUAGGAAAAGAUCCUGAUGCAUUUGAUGUUCCAAAUAGGGCAUUUGGCAGAGAACAUUCCCCAUACAGUCCCUUACCAAUGGGUGAACCUUCAUGUGAAACGAGAGCUUUUCUCUGUCCUCCAACUCCGUUGGAGGGUCCACUCAGACUCUCAGCUUUGCUUCCUGGGGGGAAAGGAAGAGGCUCAAGAGGCCCAGGGAAUCCUCUGAAUCAUCAGAGUACCAAUGAAAGAGGAGAAUCAACCUGUGGUGGGUUACCGGAUCCUCACAGGGCUCCUUCUGACACUGGGUUCCUGUCACCUCGGUGGGAACAGGACCGUAGGAUGAUGUUUCCUCCACCAGGACACCAGGUCUACUGUGGUUGUUGACAAAUGGGAAAGUAACUUUAUGCUUAAAUAAAUUGUAGUUGGUUUAAAAAAUAUAUACAUAUAUGUUUUAUUAUUAUUCAGGUUUGGAGAGACCAAGAGGUCAAGAAUCUAUUGCCACUGAAAAGACUGACUCACAGAUCCCAAGAGAAGGAAAAGUACUAUGCCAUGCAGGAGCACAUAGGGAGGCACUGUGGUCACUGAGAAGGCAGGAGUGAUGGGAAAAGAUGCACAAGAGCCUUUAUUGUGGUUUCCAUGGGAAGGAAUGAGUGAGGCAAGAUGAACCGGGUUAAGGUUAGCCACUAUAGUGUGAGUAAUUUCCGCAGGCUCUGGCAUAGGGGCUGUCCCUAGUUGUCUGGUACCUGGCCCUGGGGUGAUUAGAGCAGAGGAAUAGUGGCCUAGACCAUGUAAGUUCUGAGGAAAGCUGAUGAAGUGGGUAGCUGGGGACAUCAACUCUGG